UCAUCUCGCAUUCUCUCUCACAAACAGAUUUCAAUGUAACAAUGAACAAUAUUAUGUUGACACAAAAAAAAAAAAAAUUACACAGCUGAUUGUACUAAUUUUCUUUGUUGCCAUCUGUGGAUGUGACUGUUGACGCAUAUAUAACUGGUAACUAUGCCCAAAAUAAUCAUCAACAUAUGAAUUUUGAGAUCUGAAAAUUUUGCACAAGAUGAAGUUGGAGGCUCGUCUGGUUGUCUUGGUUCUCUUGUUGAACACUUUGUCCAUGAAUAGCGCCACGGCGCAGAGCACGCCUUUCCCUGUGAGAGUUGGAGUGGUGCUAGACAUGGACAACUAUGUCGGAAAAAUGGGGUUGAACUGCAUCACAAUGGCGCUCUCGGAUUUCUACACCAGAAAUGGCCACUACCGGACUCGGCUGGUUCUCAACAAGAGGGACUCCGAGAGAGACGUCGUUGGGGCAGCUGCUGCAGCUCUAGAUCUACUGAAGAAUGUUGAAGUGCAAGCGGUCAUAGGUCCAUUGUCCUCAAUGCAGGCAAAUUUUAUGAUAAAUCUAGGUAAUAAGUCUCAAGUACCGAUCAUAACCUUUUCAGCCACAAGCCCGUCUCUCUUGUCAAUCCGAAGUCCAUACUUUGUUCGCGCUGCCUUAAGCGACUCUUCCCAGGUAAAGGCCAUAGCUGCAAUAGUCCAAGCCUUUGGAUGGAGAGAAGUGGUGCCUAUCUAUGUGGAUAAUGAGUUUGGACAAGGGAUUAUACCAUAUUUAGCAGAUGCCUUGGAACAGGUAAAUGUGCGCAUACCUUACAGGAGUACCAUCCCAUCAUCAGCAACAGAUGAUGAGAUUGUUGCAGAGCUUUACAAGCUUAUGACAAUGCAAACUAGAGUUUUCAUUGUCCACAUGCGGACGACUCUUGGUUCUCGCCUAUUCACCAAAGCUAAACUACUGGGAAUGAUGAGUGAAGACUAUGUGUGGAUCAUAACUGAUGGCAUGACAAACGAGUUAGCUUCAAUUGAUCGUUCAGUUAUGGAAGAAGAUAUGCAAGGAGUUAUAGGUGUAAAACCACAUAUUCCAAAAUCGGAAGAGCUUUACAACUUCAGAGUCAAAUACAGGAAAGAGCUUCACCAGCAAAACCCAGCAAAUCAUGACCCGGAUUUGAACAUCUUCGGACUCUGGGCAUAUGACUCUGCAGUAGCAUUAGCAAUGGCAGUAGAAAAGGCAAGAAUAAGAAAUGCUACAUUUCUGAAGAAGGCAAAUGGCUCUACAACAUCAACAGAUCUUGAAGGCUUUGGAGUCUCGGGCGUUGGAACUGAUCUCAUUCAGGCGUUGUCAAGUAUCACUUUCAGAGGCCUUGCUGGAGACUUUAAACUAGUUGACGGACAACUCCAAUCGCCUCCAUACCAGAUAGUCAAUGUGAUUGGUGCACGACCUCGAGUUGUAGGAUAUUGGACAAAAGAUAAUGGAAUUGUUAGAGAGCUCAACUUUGCGAAAUCUACCAGAAAUAUGUACUCCACUAACAAGUCCAACAUCGGAUUCAUUAUGUGGCCAGGUGAUGGAAAAGUUCCACCCAAGGGUUGGGUCAUUCCGAUCAAUGGGAAGAAGUUGAAAAUAGGAGUACCAGUAAGAGAUGGUUUCUCUGAGUUCAUGCAUGUUACUUGGAACUCCAACAAUUCUACAAAUGUGGAAGGUUACUGCAAGGAAGUUUUUGAUAUGGUGAUAGAAGCACUACCAUAUGGCGUGCAGUAUGAGUAUGUUCCUUUUGCUAGAUCUGACCACACGAAAGCCGGUUCUUACAAUGAGUUGGUCUGUGCAGUAUCCCAAGGAGUAAGUAUAUUUUCCAUUAACGAUUUGAUGAUUCAAAAACCACACAGCACACAUUUAGUAUGUUACUUGUUUAGAUACAUAACCUUUUAUAGUCCUGGGCAGAAAUUUGAUGCUGCGGUUGGAGAUGUAACUAUCGUAGCAAAUAGGACAAAGUAUGUCGACUUCACCCUGCCUUAUACAGAGUCUGGUGUUUCAAUGGUUGUAGCGAUCAAAAACGACAAGAGCAAAAACGCAUGGGUAUUUUUAAGGCCACUGACAUGGAAACUUUGGUUGACAAGCUUUUCCUCAUUCGUUUUCAUGGGCUUCCUUAUUUGGAUUCUUGAACGUCGGAUUAAUGAAGACUUCAGGGGCCCUCUGUGGCAUCAAGUUGGCACGAUAUUCUGGUUUGCCUUCUCAACAAUAGCGUUCGCACACAAGGAGAGGGUGAUAAGCAACUUGUCUAGGUUUCUGCUGAUUCUAUGGUUCCUGGUGGUUUUGAUACUAACGCAAAGCUACACAGCUAGUCUUACUUCCAUGUUGACAGUCCAAGAGCUGCGACCCGCCAUCACAGAUGUGAAUGAGCUUAUAAGAAACAAAGAAAAUGUUGGUUACCAUAAUGGAUCAUUUAUUUUGGGGCUUUUGAAAAGUAUGAACUUUGAUGAAUCCAGACUUGUGGCGUAUAACUUUCCCGAGGAAAUGGAUGAGCUUUUCAGAAAAGGCAGUGCAAAUGGUGGUAUAGCUGCUGCUUUUGAUGAGAUACCAUAUAUGAAGCUUUUCCAAGCCAAGUACUGUUCAAAAUAUGCCAUGGUUGGCCCUACGUACAAGACAGCUGGUUUUGGCUUUGUAUGUAAUUCAUCCCUUGUCUUUCCUUGGAUGUAUAUAUAUUAUUCAUUGAUAUACAAGUGCAUGCAGGUGUUUCCUAUAGGAUCUCCACUAGUACCUGAUAUUUCACGGGCGAUAUUAAAUGUUACCGAGGGAAAGAAGAUGAUGGAGAUUGAAAAGAAAUGGUUUGGAAACGAUACCAAAUGUGCAGACUCUAGUAACAUUUCCUCAUCAGGCAGUCUUGGGCUGGAAAGCUUCUGGGGGCUCUUCAUGAUUGUAGGAAUAGCUGGAGCUUUGGCCUUUGUAAUCUAUGUGAUAAGGUUCCUAUAUGAAAACUGGCAUGUUGUGCGUCGCUCUGAUGCAGAUGCAACACUAGGAAGCAAAUCACUAGAGUUAUUCCAAAGGUUCAACAGCAAAGACCUCACUUUCCACGCUUUCAACAACUCCAAACGAAGAGAGAAUCAGAAUGGCUGCGGAUGUGAUUGUGUGAGAAGAGUGAUGCAUCAACCUUCUCGCAGAACUCACCAGGCAACAAUGGCCCACCAAGUCCUGAAGCGCAAGCGCACAACGUAGAAUUGCGAGUCGACCAGGAUGCAUCACUGAUAAGGCAUCAAAGGAGAAGAGUCUAACGUGAUACAACAAGAAGUCGAGCUAGUUCAUCGUUUCCAAAACCAGCAAUUAGCAUCAACGUGAUGCAGGAAACUCACCAAGGCAGUUGGCUCCUAGAAAUGGCAUUCAUUCUUAGCACCGCAUAAAGUCAAGAACUUGCAGCGGUUCAGGCAACAAACAUGUAACAUAUGUAUUCCCAAAACCUUAUGCUAGCAUAGAUACAAAGAUUAAGAAGGUUGCAGAGCAAAACUUAAUAUUGAAUGUAUUAAAUUUAUAGGGAUUUAUUAUAUUACUUAAUAUUUUAUAGGGAUUUAUUA